CAUCUCAUUCAUAAAAUCAUAUUAAUUAUACGUACACGACUAGAAGCUAAAUUUUAUUGAGUGGUCGCAACAAAUGAUUUUCUAGCCAAGCCCCGGAUAGGAUCGGCGUCGACAUAUAAUAUCACGAAGCCGGCCGGGGAAGGUUGCCUUUUACGCCCUUGCGUAGCCAUUUAAACUUGACGAUUUACGGGAACAUACCCACCAAACUCCUAUAUCGGAGAUGUAUACCCAUAAGUAUACCAAGUCGCUUCUAUAUCCUUUCAAUUGAGAUAACAUGUUUUAUCAAUCCAUAAAUCAACUACGAGGGAUAUUUCGGUAUCACCUAGGUAAUCAAACCUGCGACCGAAAAUGCAUAGCGCCGCGGAAAGCCAAACAUCCCCUAUAGAGCUAGAAGAGCUAUCGCUAAAUCGAAACAACGACGAUGUUGGCCCGGAAAGGGGACCAUCACAAGAAUUGAAACCCGUUGAUCGGGGACGAGAUGCUUGGGUUGUAUUAAUUGCGGCAUUGGUCUUUGAAGCGUUAUUCUGGGGUUUCCCGAUGUGUUUCGGCGUCUUCCAAAACUACUACUCCACACUCCCCGAAUUCCGAUCCGACAGCGCCAACAUUGCACUCAUCGGCACCUUAGCACAAGGCAUACCCUGUCUCGGCGCCCCCUUCUCCGCAGUCUUCACAAAGCGCUUCUCUAAGUACCAGCGGCAGCAAAUCUGGGUCGGAUGGCCACUGUGCAUAUUCGGGCUACUAGGCGCGUCUUUCACGACCUCAGUUGGUGGAUUGAUUGGUACCCAGGGGAUUAUGUACGGUCUCGGGUUCGUAACGUUUACGUACCCGAUUGUGAACAUGAUUAAUGAGUGGUGGGUCGCGCGAAAGGGCAUGGCGUUUGGUCUUAUAUCCGCGUCUUCUGGGGUGACUAGCACGUUUAUGCCUUUCGUGAUCGAGGCGUUGUUGCAGAAGUACGGAUAUAGAAUCACACUCCGCGCAUACGCAGUCGCGUUAGCUAUUCUUACCGCGCCAUUGAUUCCGUUACUUAAACCCAGACUACCACCAUCUGAACGCGCUACUCUGGCAAGAGCAGAUUGGGCUUUUAUCACACGCCCGCUGUUCUGGAUAUACGGGUUGGCGAUUCUGGUCCAGGGACUGGGGUUUUUCUUCCCGGUUGUGUUUUUGCCGUCUUAUGCGACAUUCCUGGGUCUAUCACCGAUUAAUGGAGCUUUACUCCUAGCUCUUAUGGCUAUUGCGCAGGUCCUUGGUCAAUUCGCUUUUGGAUAUAUAUCCGACAAGAACCUACCAGUCAGCUUUCUCGCGAUCAUAUGUUGUAUCGCGACAGCAUUGGCUUCGUCUACGCUUUGGGGGUUGUCGAAAUCUAUGGGGCUUUUAGCUGUGUUCAGUCUGAUAUACGGUUUCUUCGGCUUUGGCUUUGGCACGAUGCGUGUUGCGAUGGGCCGGGCUGUUAGUGAUGACCCGGCUACUGUCUUUUCGACAUACUCUAUAUUCGUGUUUCUUCAAGGUAUUGGGGGUAUAAUCGUUGGUCCUGUUAGUGCCGCUUUGAUUACUUCGUCAACGGACCGUGCGCAGUUUGGAGCUGGGAAAUAUGGUGGGGUGGUAAUACUAACAAGUUCAUCAGCAGUUCUUGCUGCGUUGAUCAUAGGUAUGUGGCACAGUUGCAAACAUCUAAUUAGAUUGUAACCAGUUCAAUAAGUACGACAUAUUAGUUGGAGAGUAUAUAGAUUGCAAUAGUUAUUUCACGGCAUGAUGCAGACU